GGAUGGUGAUUUCAAAAUUCAAACAAAACUUGACGUAAAUUGUAAUUUAAAACAUUCUAUAAAAAAAAUGUGUUUUAUUACGAAAGCGUGUAAUAAACGAUUGACGAGCAGAUGCUGCAAUACAUUGUUCCUUUUGUUGAGGAUAUCGGGCUUUAUGUCAGUUUUAGUGAAGCAAUGGAUGUUGUUUAUCUUUUUUGUUAGUGUCAGUGCCAGUGUCAGUGCGUUUGGGGAGCAACGGUUCGCGCUAGAGCCUCAAGAUCAGACUGCCAUAUUAGGUUCCAGAGUGAUCCUUCCGUGCAGAGUUGAGGAGAAGGCUGGGCAGCUUCAGUGGACUAAGGAUGACUUUGGACUCGGUACACACCGUCAUCUGGCCGGAUACGAGCGCUACAAAAUGAUUGGCAGCGACGAAGAAGGCGACUACUCGUUGGACAUCAGAGAAGUUACGCUGGAUGACGACGCAGCAUAUCAAUGCCAAGUUAGCUCUGGACCGAGGGGUGAGCCAGCAAUUCGGUCAAGGUACGCCCGACUGACGGUGCUGGUACCACCAGAUCCUCCAAAGAUACUUCGGGGGCCCGUCAUUCCAGCUAUAGAAGACAGAGAGCUGGAUUUGGAGUGUGUUUCAGUAGGAGGAAAACCUCCAGCGGAGAUAACGUGGGUCGACAAUGACGGUGGAGUUUUGACUCAAGGUGUCACUUAUACUGUGGAACCAAUGGGUGAUGGCAGAAGAUUUACGGCGAGGUCUACCCUCAGAAUACGUCCCAGACGCCAACACCACAAUCAGACUUUUACUUGCCAAGCGCAGAACACUGCAGAUAGGGCGUAUAGAUCUGUCAACGUAAAAUUACAAGUCCAAUACGCGCCUAAGGUCCGUCUCUUCAUGAAAUCCGGGUCAAUAAAAGGGAGAAUACAAGAAGGGGAAACAUUAAUAAUAGGGUGCCAAUCGAAUGCCAACCCUAGUAAUGUAUCUUACAAAUGGUACAUAAACAAUGAUGAAGCAAUUGGAGAAGUGAAAAAUGAAUUGAUUAUAACAAACGUUUCUCGUAAGCUUAACGAAGCGUCUGUCAAAUGCGAAGUGCACAAUAAGGUUGGCAAUAGCGCCGAUACGAAAACCUUAGAAGUAAUCUAUGGACCGACCUUCAAAAUGAAGCCGCAGAGCGUGGAAGCAGACUCCGGGUCCACAGUAACAUUGGAUUGCGCCGUAGAGGGUCACCCAACACCAAAGAUCAUGUGGCUCAGAUAUGACCGCGACCGGUUCAUUAGAGUGGGUAAGACACAAACCCUGAAUGUGACGGUAACCCAUCAGACAGCCGGACAUUAUUGGUGCAGGGGUGUGGUCGAAGGUCGACCAGAAGUGGAAGCACCAGCCGUCGUUUAUAUUAAAGGUCCACCGAAGAUUAUGUCAAAUCUAACUCAGUACGGGAUCGAAGGAGACACAGUCCGAAUCGAAUGCAUCUCGUUUUCAGUACCAAGACCUGAUUUCGUGAUGUGGACUUUUGGAGGCCACGAGAUAACCAGUUUCCAUAACCAAGAAUACGCUUUUCUAGAAGAGUCUUUAGCGGACAAGAUGACGAAGUCCACUUUGAUUAUCCGCAAGAGCGAAUCGGAGCAUUUUGGCCCCUACAAUUGUACGGUUAUAAACUCCUAUGGGACGGAUAGCGCCGAAAUUCAUUUAAUAGCUGAAAAAACAUUCCCCAUGCUGAUAUCGUUAAUAGGAGGUUCGUCGGCUAUAAUAUUUAUCCUCAUUAUAAUGUUUGUAAUAAUGUUAUUCCAUAAUAAAACUAAAAAGGCUGAUGUAAAAAAACCACAUAUAACCGAUAUAGGGAAGAAUUGUGGAAGCUAUAAAGAGAGCGAUCGACAUUCGAACAUAAGUGAUCUAAAAUUGGAAUUGAGACAAAUCGAAGGGAGUUGUGAUAUGGACCACUCAAACACCGAAGCAGAUCUACAUCCUACAUUACAUAUAACAACGAACCUUGGAUUGCCACUAGCUGGGCCGGUUCCCCUACCGGAGACCGGCUUUGACAACGAGCUCAUGAAGUACCAGAGAUACAGCGGAGACUUCAAUCAGCAAGUGAACAGUUUGCAUUUUAAGUCGCACCCUCAAAGCAACGGCUACGUUCCCUACGUGGAUUACUCAAGGGACUACGCCCCGCCAGUGCCAUCGGAAUCGCUGUCCAGUUCACUGACUAGAAGCACUGACGGGUCUUCGUACCCUGGUCAUUAUGGGUCCUUAAGGCGGCAAGCUAGCUGUGGGAGACUGGGUGGUCUCGUCGGACCUGAUGUGAUACCGUUCACGAAUCCCGGAGUCGUCCUGUCAGGCCUUGACGUGAGGUACUCUGCUGCAUAUGGAAAUCCUUAUCUAAGAAGUGGCGGUUCUUCGCCAUACGGCUCCCAAAGUGCUUCGCUAUCGACUGGAAAACCGACUCCACCACCGUAUUAUACAAUAAGACAGGGGUGUCAUCCGUCAGUUCCGCCGGUAACGACUCCUUCAUCGUCGUCGUCCCGACCGAUCACCAGCCCCCCAGCUUCAUCGUCAUCGACAAACAGUGGCGCUCAGCCUCAGGUGCCAAAGCCGUGCUCACAAAAUUCAGCCCAAUAUAUCCUACAGCCGUCCAAUCAGGGAAAGAUACAAACCAAACAUGGAACCAAAGGUAACGGAAGCCAUCCAGCCGCGCACGUGUAGACACUAAGUAAUUUUAACAUAAAGCUCAUUUCGUUUUAUAUAAUUAAUUACA